AUGCAGUCCAGUCCGCCAGUGCGAGCGUGGGAGCGACGCGACUCUCGAGAGCAAGACGAAAGCGACUAUUCCUUGGAUCUCGGCGCAUUGGACAUGGACACCGUCUCGGACAUGGACAUCCCCAAGCAGCACGUCGAUCGCAUCUUCUCGGAGGACAUCGACGGGCCAAGCGACUUUACACAGAACAUGGAGAUGUGGAUGCGAGGAGGCAAGACACCAUCGCGGAAGGGCACGCUGAAGGGCGCCAAGUCGACUACACAGCCCAUUGAGGAGGGUCGCGAGGAUAUGGACGACAAUGUGAUCCGUCGCGACAUGCUGGAGGUGCCGCAGAACGAGACUCGAGGCCAGCACGACGAGCACACCGGCAGCCACAAGAGCAACCACACACCAGACACCAGCCCGCCAAAGGCAUCACCCUCUGUGCAUGAAGAGCCAUUCAGCUCCGAAUGGCACACAUACGACUCUACUUCGACACCUGCACCUCCAGUCCACAAGCAAUUCCUGCAACCAACAGUUGAGGAGUACUACAGCGAGCUCAGUCCAGGCCAACGGGCAUCUGUACAUUCCAGAGGUCGAAGCCUAUACUCGCCUCGAUCUGCCCAGAAGCACUCCCCAUCCAAAGAAGACGAGUCCACCCCGGGUCGCGCCUCAAGCCCUACCCUGUCGCCAGUUCGAUCACCAAUUCUGCAACGCUCGGCUCCGAACUCGAGACCUGGUACUGCUGGCACAGCCUACAGCAAAGAAGCGUUCAAUGAUGAGGAGAAGAACGAGCUGGAACGUCAACUCAGUCAGUUGUCAGCAAAGUGCCAGCAGCUCGAGCAUCUCAACGAGGCACUCGACAGAGCACUGGAGGAAGACAAGCGUACUCGUAAGGAAGAGUCGGAUGCACACGAAGCAAGACUGGCGGAGGCGACGAGGCGCGAACGGGAUCUGGCGGAGAUGAAAGAGGCUGCUUACAAGCACAACGAUGGCUUCAGACGAGAGUUUGCAGAGUUGAAGGAGAAGCUUCGCGACCAAGAACGACUAGCAGACAAUGCCAGGCUGGGCAGUGAAGGGUCAGAGCGGGAGCUGGGGGAUGAGAUCAAGCGACUGAGAGAUCAAAUGGACGCACAGCAGACGGAGCACAGGCAAGAAGUGAAGACGUUGGAGCAGGAUGUGCAGCUGGCAAGGAGGAGCAGAGACGAUGCUGUGGCAAGUGCGAAAGCGCACCGAGAAGAGCUGGAAGCACGCAAUGGACUGCAGGAAGCAGAAAUUGAGCGUUUACGCACGGCGUUGCAGGAGGCACACGAAGAUGAGGCCACUAUCGAGGAUCUGGAGCGCCGACUAAGCGAAGCAAAUGCUGAGGUCGCAAGAUUGAAGCAGGACAAAGGCGACCUUGAGACGAUGAUUUCUGCAGUACGAGGCCAGCUUGCCAAGUCGAAGUUCGAUCAAGGAGGCCAAGUCAGCAAGGUGACCGCAGAACGCACCAGAGCCGUAGAAUUGGCAGCAGGGUUGCAACGUCAACUGACCGACCUCCGCCAACAGCUCAGAGAUGAACAAACCAGCCACGAAGAAGAGCUGGAGCAAAUCAGAUCCUCGUACAGCCAAGCUGACCAGACCACCGCCCAAGAACUUCAAGUCAUCCAGGCCGAACUCCAAGCCAAGCAGACCGAACUCAACGAAGCCAUUCUCGAGCGCGACGAAGCCAAGGAUGCCUUGCAAAUCCGUGAGUCAGAGGUCGAGAAGGCCUCGGCAGAGCUCGACGACGCCAAAGCCGUGAACGUCGCUCUCGAUAGUAGAAUUACCGAGAAGAUGCAGCGUCGCGAUCGCUACUGGCGCGAGAAGCUUGAAGAGGCAGACCGCGAGCGACAGCUUAUGGCUAAAGCCUUGAUGCACCAGUGGGGAAGGGAAGAGGUUGGUAUCGAGAGCCCGCAGCUGUACAAGUAUCGCUAUGCCAGUCCGGAGAAGGAGAGGGAGAGGCCGAAGUCCAUGGCAGCCCCGUAG